UCGUGUUAAGACAUCGACCAAGACACUUUAUUUAAUAGUCUCAUAUUAUACCUGGCUAAGUAGUUAGUAUUCAGUGCGAGAAACUUGAUUUAAAUUCACUUAUUUUGAAUCAUUUCUACAUUACAUUUUCACUUGAAAUUUAAAAUUAAUAAAUAAAUCUGACGCAGAUAUAUUUUGUACAAUGGUACAAAAAAUUUAUGUUGUAUUGAGUUUACUGAUGGUGGUUACACUUGUGUUUCUUUGUUGGUACAUUUUUGUGCCACGUCAAACUAAUGACAACAACUUCAACAUUGCUGAGUUAUCUGGUGAAUGGUGGAUGGUUGCUGGUAUUUCCCCGGAACAAACAAUGGGAUCGUGUAUUCAAUACAAAAACGAGAUUAAUUCAAGCACCGCUUGGAUGCAGGCCAGUAUAACAAGUGCAAGAAAUGGUACAAGACAGACGUUGGAUUUCAAAGGCAGUGUGAAUGGUUCAAGUAUGGUUUUAACUUGUCCUCUCAAAGCUGAAGCUCGCUUUGAACAAAAAAUUCUAUCUCUGGAUUCUAAAUAUGCUGUUAUGUUUGCUUCUUUGAUUUCACCAAAAACUGGAGAAAAUACACGAAGAAACAAUUUUGCAAUUGUUUUGUCUCGCAGUAGUGAAGUUAUUUCAGACACACAAUUUGAAAUAUUCAAGAAACAACUUUCUGGAUAUUUUGAUGAUAUGACACGUUACGUCAAAGUCAACAAUACAUGCAAUAAUAAACAAAAUAAAAUUGAGUGAAAAGAAAAAAAAAAAAAAUAAUUAAAAUAAAAUUAA